AAUUAUAUUAAAAUUAAUGACAAAAAUUAUGCAGAAAAUCAGAGUACGAAUUUCUAGGAAAUUUUAAGUUAGAAUUCUUUCAAGCAAUGCUGUGUCGAACUCAGUUAAAAUUGGACCUGGAACAAAAACUUAGGGCCCUCUCCAUGGUCCGCUGUCCGAGGAUUAAUUAAGUUAACAAAUAUCUACAAACUUUCUACAUGUAUUUUGUUAACAGGCUUGUGAAAUAAACAAAUGGUGGUUCACUGAAAAUCCCAUUUCUUUCGAACGUCCGCGUCACCGCGUGAUUGUAACUCCAUUCGUCGAAGAGUAUUACGUGGGUGGACACACGAUGAAUAUCAAUAAGGACUUUAAGGUCGUUCAUACUUAUUGAAAAAGGGCGGAGAACAGUCACGCCGAAGUCAGAACGUUCUCAGACAUGGACAGGAGCAUCCUUUACAUUGUACCAUUGUGUUUCGUGCUGCUAGCAGUAUGGGCAGAUGAUCGUACUUCCCUUACAAAAGAAGUGGAACGACGAUGGAAUACACCACCGGAGCUUAUACCAGAGCAACUCAUCAAGACCUCUGAUAUGAAGAAUGGACGAUUGUUGUCUAUUCCAAUCGGAACAAAUAUCAACGUAAAUGCGGGAAACAAUGCGCAUUCCUUAGGCUUUCAAAUAGGGCCUGAAGGUGUUAGCUACUCUGAAAGCAACAGUUUUAAUCGACCAUUGUCUGAACUCACUGGGAGCGUUUCACAAAGUCAGUCGGUAUCAUUAGCCGCAGGAUUAACUGGAGCCUCUGGUGCCGUGAGUCAAGCUGUCGGUCAACAUCAUCCUAUACAUGGUAAUCAAGGCAACGUGAACAGUCACGCAUUUGGUUUUGGCAAUGCGGCUUCUUCUUCAUCGGGAAAUGUCCAAAAUGGACAUGCAUCCUCAGCCGCUGCAUCUUCUGUCGGUUCCACAAAUUCUUUUGCCUCGUCAAAUGCCGGUAGCAGCCAGUUCCCCGAAGAAACGAGCAUCCGGUUUCCGGGACAAAAUCAGAGGCCACCGGUUUGGACCAAUAUUCAUCCAAAUCAUAAUAACAAUGGCCAUCAGCCUUCACGUACACCGAAAUUGGACAUCAACGUAAAACCGAAUCGCGAACAAAAUCGAGGACCAGUUAUGUUACACGUUUCGACGCAACAACCUAGAUGGGAUAAUAAACAGCCACGAAUUCAUAUACAUAAGUGGCAUCCAAGUUACAGAUGGUAUUAUGACGAUGACAUACAAAGAUGAAUACAAGAUUAGAAAAAAACUUAAUUUUAGAGAAUUUCGCUUAUUUCUUAUCCAUUGAUUUGGAAUAAGUUAUUUUUACAAAUAGUAUUAUAGUACAAGUAUUAUAGAUAUUUUUACAUUUAGUGACAUUUUUGUUGUAACAUAAUUACAAGAGAAAUAGAAAGACCUUUCUGAAUUUUAAAAAUUAGAAAAACAGUCUUUUAUUGUUUUUUUUUGUUCUAUUAAAGGAUAGAUACAAAAAUGUAUGUAGAAUGAUAAUAAAAAUCAUUUAUCUACUUUCAAAA